AUGUCAUUCUCUCGCUAUCUUUCAGUUCUCAAUGAUAUCCAAGAACGAUCUCUGCGUCUUGGUCUGUCCCAGGCUGACUUUGCACAAUUAUUUGACCAUUUCCAUGCUGUCGCGCUCCAAACCCCUAACCUCAGCGACGAUGGGGUCAAACUCGCAACAGAGGACCUCAUUUCAAGACACCUUUGUACGCAACUCUCACUGAAACCUUUCACAGCUGUUCUAUGCUGAUACAUGAUUUCUGUAGGGCCAAAUGAGGUUUUUUCUGGAAUAUAUGAGACCUUCCCACCUGCUCCGAUCAGCGCGAUUCCACCAAACGUAGUUCUCUUUAAUCGCCAGCCACGAUUCGCCGUAGCUCCUCUUCUUGGUUAUGACGCUGCUCCCCAGUAUGGAAUAGACUCUCUCGGACUUCCUUAUUGGUCUCAGAUUCUGCCUUUGCCUGGUCUACAACACUUUGAAAGAGAGAUGGGUUGCGCGGUUGCGGAAUUGGAGGAAGUGUUUGCAGUUAAGAUUUGCAUUCACAAGGCAAACAAUCGUAUUAUCAUUUGGCCUGAGCAUGCACCAGUUCGUAGAGAUUUGCACGCUCGUGAAUACGGCAAGAUGGAUUGGUUCUACAAAUUCAUUUACCAUUUUGGCUGCGAGGUGCGUGGUUUGAAUAAUUUCUGGACUAUGUCGGACGCUCUCAACAGCACUGCGCCUUCAGUUAGCUACCUCACAAAGUUCUUUGAGCAAGAGAGCAAGGGAGAGUUAGACUGGGCUACCCCAGAUCCUCCUCGCUACAAUUACCGUAAGUCCCUCUUUCCGAGUAUACAUCACCAUCUUUGCUUUGACACAAUAAUAUCCCCUACAACUGACCUCAAUUCCACUUAACUAUUUAAUACUGAUCUAUUUCUAUUCCAGACCCUUUCCUUGCACAGACUUCUCAACAUAUUCGCGAUACUCAAGUAUACCGCUCCCAGUUCAGAAAGAACGAUAACGAGACGAUAUAUAAUGGCAAUACUGGGCAUACGCGUGAUUUGCCAAACAGCCGACGCACCCAUGUUUUUGGUACCAUACCCCCUGUGUUUGGAGAUGCUUCCGCCGGUGUUGCAAAUGAGGAACUGUAA